UGUUGAGCCAUGGAGUUCAAGCACCUGUGCCUGGUAAGGUUCAAGGAGGGCGUGGUGGUGGACGACAUCAUUGAGGAGCUCACCAAGCUCGCUGGGGAGCUUGACACCGUCAAAUUCUUCGGAUGGGGAAAAGAUGUGCUGAACCAGGAGGCGCUCACGCAGGGCUUCACCCACAUCUUCUCCAUGAGCUUCGCCAAGGUCGAGGACCUGGCAGCAUGCAUGGGCCACGAGAAGCAUUAG